AUGGGUUUAAACGCUGAAGAUCGCAAGGCAUUGUGCGAUGUACGUCACAUCAGUCUUGCCGAUGAUCGACAGUUUGAGACGCUCUGCAACGUCUACAGGUUCUGCAUGGAAGCGAUCAAUUUCUACCUGAACACGUGUGUAUUUCCAAAUGAUACGCAGCAGUAUCCUCAAAGGUUGUCAAGAACGGCGUGGAAUCUCGCAGCUGGAGCAAACAAUAUCGGAUUUUCUGGUACUAACGAUAACCACCGCCUUCUACCGCUCUCAGUGACACAACGGGAGCCGGGUGAGCCUUCGCUGUUGGCCACGAAUGGCAAAAUGAUCGACAAGAUCCUGCAAGUGACUCACAGCUACGAGGUAAUUCGUCCCAGCCCGGAGCGUACAUUGAUCCCGUGGCAGAGUGUCCUUUUAUUCGCAAUGGACAAGAAGGCCCAAGCUUUUAUUGACACUGGCGCCCUACUUGCCGGCGUGGCAAACCACGACGCAGCAAAGUUUCUUCUUGAACAGGAUGAGUUUGCGUUUGCUGGUGUGACAUACUACGAUAGUCGAGAGGAGAUCAACUGCUGGGUUAUCGCAGAGAAGGCUCGACGUAUCGAGGUGCCCCUGAAGAAGUCGUCAAUGCUGGAGAAGGAGACGUUCGUCAUCUUUGACGAGGCGCGUUCACGAGGCUCAGAUAUGAAGUUGCUCGCAGAUGCUGCAGCUGUACUGACUUUGGGACCGAAACUUACAAAGGAUACGUUGAUGCAAGGAGCCGGUCGUAUGCGGCAGCUCGGUUGCAAUCAAAGCCUCUGGAUCGCAAGUUUUGACGAAGUUGCACAGAGUAUUCUCCAAAUCAGUGGCCAACAUGAUAUCUCAAGUAUUUCUGCCAUUGAUGUGCUGAACUGGGUCAUGGAUAACACGAAAACGGAGGCUAUGCGUGGACUACUCGAGUGGGCAGGCAAUGGCAUCCACUUCCGGAAGACUCAGCUCAAUCGAGACAAAGAAUUGGUCGAUGAGGACUGGGAACUCGAGACGCUGUAUCGGGAGAAACUUCAUGUUGGCAAAAUCGCCAAAGUGAUUCAAUCGAAGGCUCUCACGGCUUUCAAAGACUCGGUUGAUGACUUGGUGACCCAGAUCUGCAGCCAAGGGUUUGUAUACGGACUUGACGAUGAAGUCUGCGUUACUUCCCAUACCGACGAAUGCGAGCGAGAACUGCAAGUCGAAGAAGAGGUGCAACAGGAACGUGAACUCGAAGUUGUGAAGUGUUCUCCGAUGAGAGAGAAGCGGUGGGCAUAUGAUAGAAUUCUACAAGCGCAGUCAGUUGAAGACCUCCAGGGAGUUAUUCAAGUACUCGAGAUCACUCAUUUCAUACGUCGAUCGAUCUCUCCAAAAGAAAUGGGAGAUCUGGAAUGGAGCAGUACGCAUAUCUUUGGAACAACUAAUUUCUUCACGACAAUCAAGACGCGGAAUGAUGGGGGAUGCUUGAACGAGUUCUUGCGAGUGAUUGAUGUUGUAUUGGUGUUCAAGAAUGGCGACGUAUUGCUGGUAUCGGAGUGUGAAGCUGAUCAUAUUCUGGAGCUGCUCUGGUCUACUCGUGGGGGUUCGACCGUAUGGAGUUUUACGUUCAUGAACUUUGCGUUUGCUUGUGAAACCCUCGAUCAUGGCGAAGUAUUAACGAAGUUUCACGACGUCCAGCUGGCACUUGGCGCGAGUUUUGAUCAAGAUCUGUCUCUGCUGUCGAUGGUUGCGUGUCAUGUCUACAAUGGUGAGACGAUGCUGGCGAAUGAUCAGGAAAAUGCUGUGCAGACUGCAUUCCGUGGAUUGCUUCGUCCGUUGGCCCAGCGAACAGCUACUCUGAGUAACUUUGUCAGGUCACGUGGAAACGGCCACAAGUGGACAAGAUCAUUCCUACAUGAACUCUGCUGCCGGAUGGAUCUGGAAGACUGCAAGUAA